UAUUGUCGUCAGUCUGAAUGGUUAUGUCGAUUCGUUAAUCGCCUGAUACUUUUAUUAAUCGUAUCGUAAGCAAAUAUGAAUGUGCAAAGAAUUGCUUAUUUUGCGUUGGAGGCCUCAGUGCUGAUAGUUAUUUUUGUGUUUUGGCGAAUGGGAGAUUGGAUAAUUCCGCACACGAAAAUCGGCUUCUUUUGUGGAGAUCCUUCGUUGUCGUAUCCCUAUAAAACGGCGUCUAUUCCACAAGAAUGGUUGAACAUAAGUGCGUAUGUGUGUUCAGUGUUGAUUUGGGUCAUUGAAUUGACGCUUGAGUCUUUAAACGGCCGAACUGAUCUGAAAAAGAGACUUUUGCGCACUACUGUCAGAUGUCUACAAUGGAUCGUAUAUUACUACACCACAUUAAUGAUUCUAAAUAUUUUCCUCAUAUUGUUAAAGAACUUAGUUGGAGGACUACGACCAAUGUUUCUACAACUUUGUCAACCGGAUCUGGCAGUCAACUGUACCGUGGGACAAUUUAUAGACUCUGACUACGAAUGUACGAAUCCCGUUACAACUGAACUUCUUCUAUUCGAAAUUAGACGAAGUUUUCCAAGUGGUCACGCAAUGGCCUCUGUAUACAUUACAGUUUUCUUUAUGCGCUAUUUGGAAGCCAGAUUUGCAAAAUUUCGCGUCACUCUGACUGCUGUUCAUUUCGUAUGUAGCAUUUGGAUUGUAGUUUCUAGCGUUUCUAGAAUUACCGAGCACUACCAUCAUGUCUGGGAUGUUAUAGCUGGAAUCAUCUUAGCAUUGCCAUUUGUCUUUUAUUCUAGUCAGAUACAAUGCAAGGGAUUUCGCUCAACCAAACUUAAAAUAGAAGAGCAGCUGGGUCUAUAAUAAAGUAUCGAAAAUCCGUUGUACCGAGAUAGAUGUGGAGACAAUUCUAAGUGGUGUGCAAUCAAGGGGCAAAUGUUCGUAGAUAAUCCUUUGUCAGUCAAAAGAAAUAAUCAGAAAAAUCCUUCAAAGUUCUACGAAAGAAAAAUCCAAAAGACAAUCCGCAAAAUCCUUAGAAUUGUAUGCAUAGCUCCAGAUCCAGUAGCGGAUCAUUUGUUAAAGGUUUCUUUUUUAUAAAAAUAAAUGAAAUCCGCAAAAUCA